UGACAGCUUUCACGACAAAGAAAAAAAGACGACAUUAGUGAAGCUGCUUAGGAAUCGGUACCUCGACUUUUAACAAAAUCCGCUUCCAUCGUGGUCUUUUCUGCAGCAAUGAUCUCCCAAACACGGGGAACAUAAACUACGCGUUUCACGCUUUCGGCUGGUGUUAAUAUUACAGCCGUUCGUGUUUCAGGAAGCUAAAAAAGGGAUGGUGACAUUUGGAUUGUUGCAGGAGGAACUUGGAUUCUUGGGAAAAUGGGAGUGUGAGUUGAAGGGGUUAAAAAGCACUUAAAGAAGAGUGUAAGAGGAGGUCAGAGCAGAAAAAGGUUUGAAAACACGGAAUUUAGCAUCAACGCCAGCUAAUGUCAUGGAGCUGAGAGUGGGAAACCGAUACAGACUGGGCAGAAAAAUCGGAAGUGGCUCUUUCGGGGACAUCUACUUAGGCACAGACAUUUCGGUGGGUGAGGAGGUGGCCAUUAAGUUGGAAUGUGUGAAGACCAAACAUCCCCAGCUUCACAUUGAGAGCAAGAUAUACAAGAUGAUGCAAGGAGGAGUGGGUAUUCCGACAAUAAAAUGGUGUGGGGCAGAAGGUGACUACAACGUGAUGGUAAUGGAGCUGCUGGGUCCCAGUCUGGAGGACCUCUUCAAUUUUUGCUCCCGCAAGUUUAGCCUCAAGACAGUCCUGUUGCUUGCUGAUCAAAUGAUCAGCCGCAUUGAGUACAUUCACUCCAAGAACUUUAUCCAUAGAGAUGUGAAGCCUGACAACUUCCUGAUGGGACUGGGCAAAAAAGGCAACCUGGUCUACAUCAUCGACUUUGGACUGGCUAAGAAAUAUCGAGAUGCUCGAACACACCAGCACAUUCCCUACAGAGAGAACAAGAACUUGACCGGCACUGCACGAUAUGCCUCAAUCAAUACACAUCUUGGGAUUGAGCAAUCGAGACGUGAUGACCUGGAGUCCUUGGGCUAUGUUCUAAUGUAUUUUAAUCUAGGCUCACUGCCUUGGCAAGGCCUAAAGGCUGCUACCAAGAGGCAGAAGUACGAGCGCAUCAGCGAAAAGAAAAUGUCAACCCCGAUCGAGGUGCUUUGCAAGGGCUACCCUUCUGAAUUUGCGACCUACCUGAAUUUUUGCCGGUCUCUGCGCUUUGAUGACAAGCCAGACUACUCCUAUCUGCGGCAGCUGUUCAGGAACCUGUUCCACAGACAGGGCUUCUCCUACGACUACGUAUUUGACUGGAACAUGCUCAAGUUUGGAGCUAACCGUGCAGCAGAGGAUGCAGAGAGAGAGCGGAGGGAGGACAGGAUGAGGCAUGUCAGAAACCCAGGGGCCCGAGGAGUUCCUGCUGCGUCAGGACGGCCAAGAGGAGCCCAGGACGGGGCCCCCCCCACCCCACUAACUCCCACCUCACACACAGCAAACACAUCCCCUCGACAAGUGUCUGGUAUGGAGCGUGAGAGAAAAGUCAGCAUGCGGCUGCACCGCGGGGCGCCUGUCAAUGUGUCAUCCUCUGACCUCACAGGACGGCAGGACACAUCCCGAAUGUCCACAUCGCAGAAUAGCAUUCCCUACGAGCAUCACGCCAAGUAGACGCUCGCCACGUCCUUGUGUGACGGCGGCAACACUGGAUGGUGUCCGGUGUACCACUUGCCGGUCUUCACCUUCUAGCUCCACAAUGAGCCUCCCAAUGCAACCUGGUGGACCAAGCCCUGUUCACUCAGAAGUAAUAUGAUAUACUAAUGCUACCAUCACCAUUAAUUGCACUACUUCAGCAACAUGGGACACCGGCUACAGACUUGGAUCAAACUGUUCCUAUCGACUGCCAUCGUCUGUAUCAGAAAAGUGACCGGGCAGAGGGCAUUUACCUUCUGUCUCUUGCUCACAAACGUCUUUUCUGUUGCCAUUUGUCGGUCUGACCUCUCAAACAAUUCGUUCAUGUCAGACCUCAGGGCAUUUUGCGUCCUCUCUUCAGGGUACAUUUGCACAACCUUCCACCGCUUCACUGCACCCCACCGCCAGAUUCUGAAUGAGCAGCGGUUUGUCCUGGACUAACGUGAUAACACAGUUGUCUUUGGUAAGACAAUGAGUGGAUGAUAGAACUAUUACUGUUACAGAACCCUCCUUCUGUGGGAGUGUUAUCAAUGAGCUUACAUGUACUUCAUAGUAUGGGGUAUAGAUCAUAUUUGAAAGGUUAUGCUUCACAUUGGUAUUUUGACUUUUAUUUUCCUCCUCCCUGGCAGCCACUUCAGUUUUUAAAGAUUCCCGCCGCUGGGGCUUCUCUUCAGCAACUCUAAAGCCAUUUGUUAUGUAUUACAUCAUAUUUUAUUUCUCUGCAUGUUUAAAAGCUGAGCCUACAUACGAUUUGAGUUCUAGUAGAAUGGUUAACAUACUAAAAUAUAAUUUGGUGUCUUGGAUGCAGGGAA